UCCAAAAUGCGGCAAUUUCAUAGAAAUGACAAACCUAAAUCUUCUGUGUGGCGAAUGAUUAUCGAAUGCUGCAAGAGUUAUUGCCUUCAAACAAGUAUACAUGGCUUCUACCAUAUCGCGGGACCGCGCCGGCACUGGACUGAGAGAAUGUUCUGGGUUGGAAUAACAGUCGUGGCCCUUUGGGGGGCAAUCAGCGUGUCAAUGGGACAGUUCCAGAGAUACAACGACAACCCCACUGUGGUGGCCUUGGACAAAGAUUACAGAUCUUGGAGGUUCAGCCUGCCGGGCGUCACUGCUUGUGAUGAGGUGAUGCCAGACGAGCACAUAGUCAUCUCAUCAUCAGAACCGAUCACCCCAACCUGGACACCGAUCAUGACAGAGCACGGCGCAUGCUACGUCACCAACUCCAUCGCUAUUUAUGAUGCAGCCAUCGUAAAGCCUCAUCCAAACACAACCAAAGGCAUGCCGUUCACUUGCCAGUUUUCGUUGGCAUUAUGUUUUAUUAUGUUUGUCUUAAAUAGUAACGCGCACUUCUUUGUUCACUCUCCAUACGACGUUGCUGAUACGUCAAACCCACCGUCCACAAUAAUACCAUUCUUAAAUCGCUUCACCUAUUUAACUGUUACGGAAACGCGAGCGGGGAAGGGGGUGAGGGAGCUGUCUCCCAGACGCCGAGCCUGCCUGUAUACUGAUGAGAGCACUGGGAAUAUGAAGGUAUAUAGCACGCACAUGUGUCGGUUGGGAUGCAGAAGUCGUCUCGCACUGAAGCUAUGUGGCUGUCAGCCUUUUUACUAUUUUUAUGAAGACGGCAAGCCGUGCACCCCAGCAGGGAUGUGGUGCCUGUCCAGACACGCGAGGGAGCUGGCCAACUUCGCCGGCAUGAAAUGCAAGUGCAGCCCAAUGUGUUUGGACUCCUUGUUUCGUGAGAGCACUACUGAUAAUAAAAUAUGGGAAAAAAAUCCGUUCCAUGGCGCAUGCGCCAUACGCCUCACCGUGAAUGCGCCGAACCUGCGCUAUUCGCGCGAAAUUGUGUUCCAUUUUGAGGACUUAGUGGUCUCGUUCGGCGGUGCAGCUGGUUUGUUCCUUGGUGCCAGCUUCAUCAGCUUUGUGGAGAUCAUUUACUUUCUCCUGGAGAGAUGCUGUUAUAUAUUUGCUACUCCGAAGUCAGAUGCGACGAUCCAGGAGUACAGCAACCAAAAAAUGGUCAUACAGUAUUGUGAUAAAAAAUCUCGUCAUGAAGGUCGACUUAAAGAAUUAGCUCUCGUUUUCCCUCCUCCCAAGACCCGACAUUUUAAGUAUUAAAAGAGCACGAGUGAAUUUAAUAAUUGUUAAUAAAUAUGUACCGUUGUGCUUAAUGCAUUAAUAAAAAUACA